AGAGCCCGACCCGAUUUCCCUGCUGCUCCCCUUGUGACCUGACGCUGACAGAGGCAAAAAUCUGCUAACUCAGGGGGCAGACUCAACCAGGGCUGCGAGUAGACCUGGGGAAUGACCCCCCGAUCUCCAAACAGUGCCUUCCGUGGCCGCACGGCUGCCUCAAGCUGUCUCUGUCUUGGUUCCUGGCCCUGGCUCUGUCCUUCUCUGGCAUCACCCCUCCCUGUUCCACAUGGGCCCUCUGUCUCCUACCAGGACGAUGCGGCUCUGGGGGCCUCGGAACCUGGGGGUGGCUCUGGGAGUCUUCAUGACCAUUGGAUUUGCCCUCCAGUUCUGGGGGGGACCCUUCCAGAGGAGGCCAACUGAGCUGCAGCUCCGACAGCCCUGGGCCAUAGCCCCUCGACCAGCUGUUCCGUCCUGCCCACCCCGGCAGCACCUCGUGUUCCUGAAGACGCAUAAAUCCGGGAGCAGCUCUGUGCUGAGCUUGCUUCAUCGCUAUGGGGACCGGCACGGGCUGCGCUUUGCCCUUCCCGCCCGCUACCAGUUCGGCUACCCAAGGCUUUUCCAGGCCUCUCGGGUCAAAGGCUACCACCCACAGGGUGGCGGCACCCAGCUCCCCUUCCACAUCCUCUGUCACCACAUGAGGUUCAACCUGAAAGAGGUACUUCAGGUCAUGCCUUCCGACAGCUUCUUCUUUUCCAUUGUCCGAGACCCGGCAGCUCUGGCCCGCUCUGCCUUCUCCUACUAUAAAUCCACCUCAUCGGCCUUCCGCAAGGCACCAUCCUUGGCUGCCUUCCUGGCCAAUCCUCGAGCCUUCUACCGGCCUGGGGCCCGUGGGGACCACUAUGCCCGAAACUUAUUAUGGUUUGAUUUUGGCCUCCCCUUCCCCCCAGAGAUGAGGGCCAAAAGAGGUAAUUCUCACCCCCCCAGGGACCCCAAACCCCCACAGCUGCAUGUCUUGCCUUCUGGCACUGGCCCUCGAGCCCCCACCCUAGGUCCCAAUGCUCUCUUCCAUCCUGUUUUCACUGUUGCUGGUGAUCAUGGCCAGACAUCCAGUCCUGCCUCUUUAGAUUUGGGGUCUUCGUCCUUCAUCCAGUGGGGCCUGGCCUGGCUGGAUUCCAUCUUUGACCUGGUUUUGGUGGCCGAGUACUUUGAUGAGUCAUUAGUUCUGCUGGCAGAUGCCCUGUGCUGGGGUCUGGAUGACGUAGUGGGCUUCAUGCACAAUGCCCAGGCUGGAGGGGAGCAGGGCCUCAGAGCUGUUGGUAAUGGUGGACUGACUGCUGAGGAUCGGCAGCUGACUGCACGGGCCCGAGCCUGGAACAACUUGGACUGGGCUCUCUAUGUCCACUUCAACCGCAGUCUGUGGGCACGGAUAGAGCAAUAUGGACAGAGCCGGCUGGAGAGUGCUGUGGCCGAGCUCCGGGCUCGCCGGGUGGCCAUGGCUAAACGUUGUCUGGUAGGGGGUGAGGCUUCAGACCCUAAAUACAUCAGUGACCGUCGGUUCCGCCCCUUCCAGUUUGGGUCAUCUAAGGUUUUGGGUUACAUACUUCGGAGUGGACUGAGCCCCCAAGACCAGGAGGAGUGUGAACGCCUGGCUACCCCUGAGCUACAAUACAAGGACAAGCUGGAUGCCAAGCAAUUCCCCCCUACAGUCUCACUGCCCCUCAAGACUUCUAGGCUACUCUCCCCAUAGGCAUCAGGCUACAGAUUUAGGCUGAAGAGCAGCUAAGUUAGAAGGGCGCAUGUGAUGAGUGCGGGUCAGCCAGAUUUGAUUUCUGCUUCCCUCGAAGGGAUGGAACUGCCCGGAUGCAGGCCCCAAUUAGUCUUUCUGGCUUUUGCCUCGGAGUCCCAGUCGUUGGGCUCCCAGUAGCGCCUCCCUCCCCACCCAUUUUGCCCCUUCCCCUUUCCAGACCCAAGGCAGGUCCGUGCAGGGCUCUCCAGAGCUCCCUGGAGGAGCAAAACAUGGAGUGAGCAAGAGAAAGUUUGGGACCCGGUGAGUUAGAAUGAUACGUCCAUUUCUCUACGAAAUAUGUUAUUGGGCUAUACUUAUUUCCCUAUGAAAUGUUUGUUGAACAAAUAAAUAAUUUGAAACUUC